UUCUGGCGCGGGCGGCGACGGCCAGCACUCAUCCCUUCCAGCCAGUGCCUGAGCCGGGCGGUGCGGUAAAGAAGCACCGGCUUCCUUGGCCUCGGAGCUGGCCCUGCGGGGCCCCGGGGGGGAGGGGGAGCCCCAAAGCCCCCGCUGAGGCUGCCGCUGCCGGGCCUCCCCCUCCCCCCCACGCUUCCCAGGCAGGCACCAUGCGGGGGGGCUCGAGCGACGCGGAGCGGCGCCAGCGCUGGGGUCGCCUUUUCGAGGAGCUGGACCGUAACAAGGAUGGCCGCGUGGACGUGCACGAGUUGCGCCAGGGACUGGCCAGGAUGGGUGGGGGCGACCCAGAUCGCGGCGCCCAGCAGGAUCGCUCGCCCGCGGAGGGAGAAGCCGAUGCAAGUGGCGGCCUAGACCUGGAGGAAUUCUCGCGCUACCUGCAGGAGCGGGAACAGCGCCUGCUGCUCAUGUUCCACAGCCUUGACCGCAACCAGGACGGUCAUAUCGAUGUCUCUGAGAUCCAGCAGAGUUUCCGAGCUCUGGGUAUUUCCAUCUCACUGGAGCAGGUGGAGAAGAUUCUACAAAGCAUGGACCGUGACGGCACGAUGACCAUCGACUGGCAGGAAUGGCGUGACCACUUCCUGCUGCACUCGCUGGAGAACGUGGAGGAUGUGCUGUACUUCUGGAAGCAUUCCACGGUCCUGGACAUCGGUGAAUGCCUGACGGUGCCAGACGAGUUCUCGAAGCAGGAGAAGCUGACGGGUAUGUGGUGGAAGCAGCUGGUGGCCGGCGCGGUGGCCGGCGCUGUGUCCCGCACGGGCACAGCUCCUCUGGACCGCCUCAAGGUCUUCAUGCAGGUCCAUGCCUCAAAGACCAACCGGCUCAACAUCCUGGGCGGCCUGCGGAGCAUGGUCCGGGAGGGGGGCGUCCUCUCCCUGUGGCGGGGCAACGGCAUCAACGUGCUCAAGAUCGCGCCUGAGUCGGCCAUCAAGUUCAUGGCCUACGAGCAGAUCAAGCGGGCCAUCCGGGGACAGCAGGACACCCUACACGUGCAGGAACGCUUUGUGGCUGGCUCCUUGGCCGGUGCCACGGCCCAGACCGUCAUCUACCCCAUGGAGGUGCUGAAGACGCGGCUGACCCUGCGGCGGACCGGCCAGUACACGGGGCUGCUGGACUGCGCGCGGCGGAUUCUGGAGCGGGAGGGGCCCCGCGCCUUCUACCGCGGCUACCUGCCCAACGUGCUGGGCAUCAUCCCCUACGCGGGCAUCGACCUGGCCGUCUACGAGCCUCCAUCGAGGGCGCCCCGCAGCUCUCCAUGAUGGGUCUGCUGCGACACAUCCUGUCCCACGAGGGCGUGUGGGGCCUGUACCGGGGCAUCGCGCCCAACUUCAUGAAGGUCAUUCCAGCUGUGAGCAUCUCCUAUGUGGUCUACGAGAACAUGAAGCAAGCCCUGGGGGUCACGUCCAGGCACCAGAUCCAGGCCCUUGUACAGCACGGGGUCCUCGAUCCCAAACCUGCUGGCGAGUCGCAGAUCGCCACGCCUCAAGCCCUGCAUCUCCAAGCUCAGCCGCUGGAUUCUGCAUGUCGAGAAACCUCAGCCACAGGAUCCUGACAAUGCAAUGCCUAGAUCCUGGGGCCCCCACCACCAGAUCCCAGAUCCCCCCGCACCCGACCACUGGAUUCCUGAAUUCCUUUACCUCGACCCUGGGCACUAGGUCCUUCUGCUUUGACUGCCGGAUCCCUACAUUUCAAGCACCGCACCCUCAGCCCCCCACUGACCACUGACUCCCAAGUUGCCAUCCCCAAGUGUGGGAGCCCAACAGCACAGCCAGGGGAUCCCGGCAGCUGAAGCUGCUGGAUUCCCGAUUCUAGAGUCUACAUUCCUUCACCCCAGGCAGUGGUUACUGAAAUCUUACCCACGGGAGGCACAUGCUAACCCUC